AUGGACACACAUUUUUUUAGAGUUGUCGGUGCUAUAGAGAUGGUAGAAGGCGGUUCAAGGCAGCAAGCCAAAAAUCCACCAAAACAUAUGGUGGAUGGUAUUCCAACCACUCAAGGGUUAAGUUCCAAUUACUUUCCUCCAGAUGUAGUUUUUACUGUACAAGGAAGACCUAUUGAAGCUCACAGGGUCAUAUUAAGUGCAAGGUCACCAUUUUUCAAGAAAAAAUUUGAGACUGAUUGGAAAGAGCGCAGUGAAGUAAGACUUUCACGGGAAAAACUGUCAUAUCCCGCACUUUAUAGCCUUAUAAAUUUCUUUUAUUCAGACAGAUUAGAGAUUGCUGUGGAUGACAUGGAUGGUCUUGUGAGAAUUUGCAAAGUAUGCAAAUGUGAAUCUCUACAGAAAAUUCUCGAGAAAGAAUUGGCUCAUCAAAAAUAUGCACUGUAUAAAGCUUUGAGUGAUGUAGACAAUUCUCAGAAACGGUUUAUUUUACAAGGUCUAUCCCUUCCUGAAGAAGACAGGCUUCCCGCUGCCUUGCGCAGAAUCCUUCUGACAGCCCUUUCAAAUUCCAUUCAUGAGAAUGGUCAAGAUAAUGGAAUCGAUAAAUUGGUAUCUAAGAUGGAUUCCAUGCAGAUAGAUAAACCUCUAAAUGAUCUUGCUGAUGUUUGCAUAAGAGUUGAUAAAAAAAAUUUCCGCUGCCAUAAAGUUAUUUUAGCAUCAAGGUCAGAAUAUUUCAAAGCUAGACUAUCACGUAUGAAGGAUUUCCAUGAAGGGAAAGAUGAAUUGUAUAUGGACUCCCUUCCUUGUCUUGAAGAACAUGACAUGAGUGUGGAAGCAUUUGAGAAAAUGAUUGAAUAUAUGUACACCGAUCGUUUGCAGGAGAUAAAUCCAGAUCAGGCUGAGGAAAUGUUUGAUAUUGCUUCUAGAUACUUGAUGUUUCCUCUUAAGCGUGCAGUGGCUGAUGUCUUGGUGCCACACUUGGAAAUGGCGUCACCUGAAGAACUUUGCCAGUGGUUAAUGCUAGCUGACAUGUAUGGUGUUUUGAAGAUUCGGGAAUUCUGCCUAGAUACCAUUGCCUGUAAUUUUGAAUUAUUUGCGGAUACUAAAGAAUUCAGGGCCAUGCUGCUGACUUUGCCUGCACCAUCUGGAGACUCAUCUCUUCGUACCACUGUCCCAAGCAUGCCUGGAUCUACCCUAAAUAACGAUCAAGGAAAUCUUCUCGAUGAUUUACGUGAUAAAUGGCUUGAAAUUGAAGCUGCUGAACUCGACGAGAGAGAUGAUAGUGCUUUGCAAUUUGACAAGCGCCUAGAGAUGCUUAUGCUUGUUGCAGAGCAUGAAAAGUCAUCAGGAGAUGUUGAUUCAAAUUGUGCUAAUGAUGUUCCAUCCUUGGCUUUCUCUUCAAUCACUCCUGUAAUUUCAGGCGAACAAAGAGAACCGUAGCUUUCCGAAUACAGUUUUUUGGAAUGUAUAGAUUUUUAGAUUAUCACGGUGGUAGUUUUUAGAGAGCAGGGUACUAAGUUAGGUUGCUUGGAGUACUUAAGUUGAGUUUUAGUAACUGAAGUUGCUCGAGCAUUCAUUGGUUCUUAAAGUUUUAUUUAUUAUAUUCUUACUAUUAUUACACGGUAGUUUUGACAUUUUGGUUGUGUCUUGCAUGGUUGUGUGCUUAUUCAAACCAGCUUUUUACAACUUAGUCUGAGGGAAACUCUUUAAACCAGCUAGAAAAGACCUCAUAAUAUUAUUUCUGCGUUCUAGAUUA